AUGCAUUGGCACAAUCAGCCUUGGUUUAAUCAUUCAAUUAUCUUAGCCUUUAUCAUUGCUAGUAUUGUCAUAGAAAUGUGUUUCUAUAGGAAAAUUUUCAAAUCCUCUGCUGAACACGAUGUUUUAGAUCAUGUUCAUGAAGUUGGUGAUGGUUCUCUACAGCAGUUUAAGGAUCAUCAUACUGUAAUUGGUGAUGAAGGUUAUACUUCGGGCCUUUACUAUUCAGAUUGGUCACCGUAUCCACCUAGGAAGCAUUUUCCUCAUGAUAUCGAUUUUUCCAAGGUCUCUCAUAUUUACUACGCUUUCUUCUUAAUCGAUGGACAUACGGGUGAAUUGAAAUCGAGUGAUGAGUGGUCAGACUUCCAAAUGGAUCUGUACAAACCAUUGGCGGUGAAGUUGAAUCAAUUGCAACUGAAAAAUGAUGAUGUACAUGCCUCCAUGGGAGUUUUACCCAAAGGUUGUGUUGGGGAAUUGUUCUAUUUAAGACAUACUGGUAUCUUGGAUAGAGACAAAGGUCGUCAUUUUAAAGUUAUGAUGGCUGUUGGUGGGUGGUCCAAUAGAGAUCAAUGGCCUAAGAUGGUAAGGGAUCCUCGUAGGGUAGAAAACUUUAUCAAUUCAUGUGUUGAAACUAUGUUUAAAUAUGGAUUUGAUGGUAUUGAUUUAGAUUGGGAGUUCCCACAAAACGAUGGGUUUGAACCAAGAAUGUAUUUGGAAUUGGCUCGUAAAAUGAGAUUGAAGUUUGAUGAAUUGGAAGAAGUUAUCUUCGCUGGUGAACCUAAUCAUCCUAAAUUUCAAUUGUCCAUGGCUACGCCUGCGUUUAAAGAUAAAUUGAAUGUCUUACCAAUUAAAGAACUGGAUCGAUACAUUGAUGUCUGGAAUAUGAUGACCUAUGAUUAUCAUGGUGAGUGGUCUCCUGUGACUGGUUAUCAUUGUAAUCUUUAUGAUGGUCCUGUCAAAGUCCAUUCUCAGUACAAGCAUGAUAGUAGCAGUGAUGAUGAGGGGUUAGAUGCUAACUCUGCUAUUUCCGACAUGAUUAACAGAUUUGGGGUUGACUCUAGAAAGAUUACCUUGGGGAUGGCAGCUUACGGUAGAGGGUUUACACACGUCAAGGCCAGUAGUAACGAUAAAAGGUUUAUUGAUAAAAGCUUCCAUGGUGUUGGCGGUGCCAGUGAAGGUGAGCCUGGUAUGUGGUUAUACAACCAAUUGCCCAUCAAAGGUUCUAAAGAAGAGUAUGAUCCUGAGUAUGUGUCAGGCUUUUGCUUCGAUCAUAAGACGAAGACUUUUGUCGGUUACGAUAAUGUAGAAUCGGUGAAAGUCAAGGCAGAUUACGUAAAAGAGAUGGGGUUAAGGGGAGGAUUUUGGUGGGAAUCUUGUGGUGAUAAUCACAUAGAUCCUCAACGUUCUUUACUCAAUGCAUUUACAGGAAGAAUUAAAACGAUUGCCAAAAAUGAAAAUUCUGUGUACCAUAAGCCAGAAGCCCUAAGGUACUAUUUGGAAAAAUUUGGCCAAGAUGAAUUUUUAUCGCCAUUUAUUAUUAGAAUCAUUUCUAAAUCGCAUUGA